AUGGCUCCAACGACAAGGACUCAACAGCGGAAGGGGGCCAUACAGCUCCGUAGUGGGAAAGUGCAGCAAAGGGAUGGGUCAGGAGCUCGCUACAAAGGAGUUUCCAGCCAAGCGCCACCCCAGAAACGAACAAUCAGGAGGAAGGCCCUGUUUAGAGAUCCAUCGUUAGAUAGGGAUGAGAUAUCUGAUAAGGAGAGGGAUGAGGAUGAGCCCAAUGAUGAGGUUGAGUAUAGUGGUGACAGCGAAGAUGGUGGGGAUGGCAAAGAUGAAGAUGGUGAAGAUGGUGAGGACGACGAUGGUGAUGAUCGCGAGGCUGAAGAAGCUGUGGAUAGGCCUGAGGAUGAAGAUGAGGGUUCACACCCACCACCAAGACAAUCCCCAAGGAAAAAAUCCAUCAUUGUUGGACGAAGCAAAUCUGCUCGUGGUCUAGUGGACGAUAACCCAGCUGCAGCAUGCAUUGGCAAUCCCAUUGGGGCACAACUCCCUGUUGUCCAAGUUGUGAAGGGUCCAAAGUGGCUGUGGUUGCCAUACUCGGUCACACACCUUUGGGAUCCCAAACGGUUACUCAAUGACAGCCCGAUCACACACGUCUUCGACAUCAAGGCAAUCUUCAAACACCCAGGAAUAACCAUAAGCUCGUACAAGGAGCUCAUCUUCUCCAAUUUCAAGAUUGGCAAGGACAAGCCAUCUGCUUUUCAUAACACAAUCAAGACUUUUUCCAGGGAAUGUAUCACCAAGGAAUAUGGGUUCUCCCCUGUUCCUUGUGAUGCCAAUGUGAACCUUGCAAACUGCCUCCUCGACGCGACCAACUUUUACUUUCAGGAAUGGGAAGAUCCCGGUGGACGACGUGGCCGAUAUCGUUCGCAAUGUUUCCAGAAUGUGAUAGGGCACUUAUACAGGGAUGCUGAUUGGGAAUUGUCAUGGGAAGGGUUUACUGAAGACCAGCAUAAUGAGCUCCUCCCUCAACUGAUUUGGUUUGCAGCAACAGCAGUGAGUGGCAAUGACUCUAAGUAUCAUCAGGAGAUUACUACAUAA